AUGUCCGUCCCACUCCCGCCAGACUCCUCCCGAACCGCGUCUCUCCCACCGCUCCCGCUCUCCAAAUCAUGGAAAGACCCACCUUCCGCGAGAGAUCAGCAGCAGCAGCUGGCCUCCUGCGUGUCAGCUUCCGAUCAAUCCGCGCGGAACUCAAGCCUCAGUCCUGCGCGCGCUCGAAAAGCCCCCCUGGAUAACUCCCCGCACUCUGUACUUGAUGCCGCCUUGUCCGCCGCCUCCUCCUCCUCCUCCCCAAGCUCCUCUUUCGUUCCGCGCGAUAGCCGCGCGGGAGUUAUUACCAGCGUGCCAGCGAGCACGAGCGCGCCCGCCGCCGCUGAUUCCGGCUCCGCGUCCGCGAAUGUCUCAUCGGCCACCGCCUCUCCGCGCGUUUCCGGCGUGCUCCGUACGGCGGAGAUGGGGAAAAUCGACGCGGGCACUCCGCCGACUAUGACGAGCUUCCGCAGCCUGACCAGUAGCAGCAUGGGUUUCGACAGCGGCAGCGGACAAAUCACGGACACCAUGGUUGCGCAGAUCGACGCGGAUGCUGAUGAGGCGCUCGGAAAAUUCCUGGCCGCUCAAUCGGCGCGCAGCGCCCGGAACUACGUCCGCCGCGCCGCUUCCGCCGCGAGCGCCGCGGCGAGUCCGCUUAGAGGGGAUGCCGGAGACGCGGUUGCGCGGGUUUCGAGUCUUGAGAGGCAGCAGGUGAGGCGGUCGCCCGCGAGAAACGCGGUGUCGGGGGAGAUUUCCGCCGCGUGCGCCUCCCCGCAGCGGUUCCUGAGCCCCAUGGCGUCGCCCGCGCGAGAAAUCCAGCGUCGCAGCCGUCGCAGCAUGGAUUGCAGCGCCGUUGACAUGCAGCCAUUGGUGGAAGGGCUAGCUUCCGCCGAUACGACCGUCGCGCGAAAUGCCGCGGAAAGCAUCCGCAAGGCGCUGAAGGAAUCCGCGGAGAACUGCGCUCGGCUGGUUACGGCGGAAGGGGUGUCUCCGCUUGUGCGCGCGAUUCUAGCAGACGACAGGGAAACCGCGGAGCACGCUAUGACCGCGCUAUUGUUUUUGGCGGUGACGAGGCCUGCGGCAGUGGCGGAGAUUACUUCCGCGGGAGGCCUGCGCAAUGUUCUCCGCGUGUUAGCGCAAGAGCCUAGCGGAAGCGAGUUCCUUCGCAGCAACGCCGCCGCCGCGCUGUUUCCGCUAGCAAAUUCCCCUGACGCGCAAAAAACUGCGCUGGCGGCGGGGGUUCUCCCUCCGCUGGUGGCGCUGCUGCGGGAGGCCUCGUGUACACGCACGAAAAAGGACACGUGCCUCGCGCUUGUAACGCUGGGGAGCGAAGCAAACGGUGCCCGCGAAAUAGUUGCGACGGGCGUUGUUCCGCGAUUGAUCCAGCUGCUUGUGGAAGCGGAAGCGGGGGUGGAAGAAUUGGCUGCUGCGGUGCUGGGGGUGGUUGCGCGGGUCGAGGAGGGUUGGAAGGCUAUCCGCGCGGACGAGGAUGGUUUAUCCGCGUUAGUGGAGUGCUUAGAGGGGGGCGCAGAGCAGGGAGGGCAGAAGCUUCAGAGACUGUUGGCAGGUGGACCGGGCCCGGCAAAGGAGAGGGUGCAGUAG